AUGCCAAAAACUUUGAAUGAAAUUAAGAAAUUAUCCGCUUAUCCAGAUAAUUUCCAAAAAGCAAUUAAUUUCAUAAAGAUAACACAAGAGUAUACUCAAGAUGUUGUGGCAGCAAUUGAAAAGUUAAUUAGUGUUUCACAGCCAAAACGUCAUUCCAAGCCGAAUGAUUUAGAACGAUUGGCACAUGUGGCGCAAAAGUAUAUGCCAUAUUUUGUUUCUGGUAGUUUUUAUGAAGCACUGCAAGCAACAGCAACAGUUUGCAUUUCGGUUGCAAAACAGGAACGUGAAGCGCAAAUGGAAGCAUUUCAACGAGUAGUUGUACCAAUGAAAAGUUGGAUUCAGGAAGAUUAUCCAAGGCUUAUGAAAGAUAUUAAGAAGUGUUAUUAUCUAAAAGAUAAAAUGGAUCGAAGUAUGGCAAGUGUAGAAGCACGGAAAACACCUGAACGUCUUAUGAGAGCGCAAGAAGCUAAAAAUAAACAUCAAAUAUUUUUUGAACGAGUUGAAAAUGAGGUAAUGCGUUAUAAAGCUGUACAUAGACAUCAUAUGCAAUGCCUUAAAGUUUUAAUGCUAAAAAAUUAUCAAUUCGAGCGGAAAGCAAAAGAUGAAUUUCUUGCAGCAUUUAUCAAAUGUGAAGCUGAAAUUAAUGCUGGUAAUGCAGCAUUGAAAGAAGCACCUAAAUAUACAACUAUUGAAGAAAUAGAUUUAAAAGAAUCAAAAAAAGAAAACGAAAAGAAAUCGGAAAAGAAAACGGUGCAAGAAAUGAAUUUAAAAUCGGAUAAAUCAGAAGGACAAAAAAUUAGUAAAAAACGAAAGAAAAUGGAAGAGCAAAUAGCUAGCAUAAAAUUAGAUAAACCGGAAAAGCAAACGGAAAAAAAAGAAAAAAGUGCUGAAACUCAUUAA